AUCAUCAUGGCACAAGAAGCGACUACUAAGCUAAUUAGAGAAGAUUUUGAUGCUGGUCCAUCGAGUUACGAUGAAAUUAUUCCUGGUUUGUUUCUUGGGAAUCUUACAGCUGCUACAGAUAUCGAAUGGUUGAAAGAAAAUAAACUGAAUUAUAUACUCACAGUAGAUUCAUGUCCACUUCCUAGAAAGAUCCAAGAGCUUCUACCAAAUUUAACUAUAAAAUACAUUCAGGUUACUGAUAUGCCACGUGAAGAUCUUUUGACUCACUUUGAAGAUUCAUACGAGUAUAUAGAUCAUGCUUUACAGUUACACAACAAAAUUUUAGUACACUGUUAUUUUGGUGUUUCUAGAUCAGCUACAAUUGUUAUCGCAUAUUUAAUGAAAAAAUAUGGGAAAAGCUUUUAUGAUACGUUUGAAGCUGUAAGAGAAAAAAGGCGCUUCGUUGGUCCCAAUCCUGGUUUUCUGGCACAAUUAAAACUUUACGAAGAAAUGGGUUUUGGAAUAGAUAAUACCAAUGUGCAAUUUAAAAUGUAUAGGUUACAAAUUGCGGCGGAUAAGGUGCGUAAAGCAAAAAUUUUACCGCAAAAUUGCACAGAAUUGAUAAAACCAGAUCCAGCAAUAGCUACAGUACGUCCAGAACCAACAGUAUAUCGUUGUAAAAAGUGUCGAAGAAUCGUGGCCAGCGCUAGCAAUAUUUUGCCACAUAUGCCAAAGGAAAAGCAAAUCUGGAGACAUAUAAGUUCGAGAAAAACGUCUAAACAAUCUAAAACAUCACACGAAUUGUUGGAACCUCACCAAAGAGAAGAGCAACAAUCCGUAGAAUUUUGCACAAAAAUAUUGUUCGUUGAGCCGCUGGCUUGGAUGCCCGAUAUUACACACAAUGUUGACGGAAAAUUAAAUUGUCCAAAGUGUAGUACAAAACUGGGCUCUUUCAGUUGGAUAGCAGGUAGUCAGUGUCCAUGUGGCAGCAAAAUAGCACCUGCAUUUUAUUUAGUUCCAUCAAAAGUAGAUUGGAGUAAUGCGGUACAAAAUGUACAAGUAACUGUAUAGUAUUAAAGAUGUAUCUCUACAAUGAAGAAAUUUUGGACGGAUGAUUAACAUAUAACGAUUAAUAUUUAAGAAGAGAUUUUUGAAAUCUUUUUACGUGAUUCUAGUUUAAUUAGCGUUAUAAC